AGCGGACCAAUUGUGUGAAUCUGCAGGGCUGCUCGGCGACACAAUCGGAGACAUGCACAGGACGGACAACAGCCGCGGACGCGCUAUGAGAAGUGGAUAAUAAAGGCACAAAAGCGAGGCUUCUGCCGAGGAACACAGUUGAGCACCAAAGAGACAACAGAGCUGAGUGCUGAUGCACAAGUGAGAAUAAAAAAUCACAGUUAAAGCUCCCAAUGCUGUUGCAAACUCGUUUUCUGGGAGUUUGAGGGAGUUUGAAGACAGUACUUAACGUUAUCAGAUAAUUAAUUAGACACCCCAUAAGCCCGGAAAUCAAUUAAUUCACAAAUCAAUAAAUCCAUAGUCUGGUGUAACAAGAGACCUUCCAGACUGUUAGCCCGGCUGUUGAGCAACAAUAACAAGAGAAGAGCAACAACUCACAGGGGCAAGAAAUACAAAUUUAUUUGUUGAAAUUGAAGAUGGAUGGGAGUCUAGGGGAGAUGUCCAUCCACAGCCAUUCUGAUCUGACUCACAGCCAGGACGGCAGGGCCAUGCUGCACUCGCGGGACCUUUCAGCUGCUUUCCCCAGGCCUUCCCUGGGGGGACCCUCCAUGUCUCUGGAGUCUGAGCACCGUGCACCGAGUUUCGACCACUCCAUGUCAGCACUGGGAUACAGUGGCGACUCCCCGUCCAGCUCCGGCAGCACCUACACCACCCUGACACCCCUGCAGCCCUUUGAUGACAAGUUCCACCAUCACCACCACCACCACCACCCCUGCCUCCCUGUCAGCAAUGUGAUCGGCAGCUUCACCCUCAUGCGUGAGGACCGAGGCCUCAGCACCAACUUCUACAACCCCUAUGGCAAGGAACUGGCCAUGUCCCAAAGCCUGUCGCCCCCCUCCACAGGUUCAGGCCUGGCCUCCUCCAUGCACGGCUAUGGCAGCUUGGGCAACAGCCCCAAUGGGAAUGGUGGCCAGAUGCUCCAUGCUGGCUACGACGUCCACGGUGGGAGCCUCUUCUGCCGGACAACAGAUUUUGGCCGUGAGAUGUCGCCACCAGGCCUAGGAGGAGGCGAUGUGUCAGUGGGGCAUCAGCUAAACAAAGUGGAGGCUCACCAGCACGCCCCGGGUCACCACCCUCACAUCUACAGCCAGCACUACCAACCCCACCAUCACCCGAGCCAGCAGGCCGCCAAGAUGGGCGAGCACCUGCACUCCUCAUCCACCCUGUCCUCGCCCGGCGAGGGUAUGCUGCCAGGCUCGCAGGGCGGCGGAGGCGGCGGGGAGGAGAUCAACACCAGGGAUGUGGCCCAGAGGAUCAUCACUGAGCUGAAGAAGUACAGCAUCCCCCAGGCCAUCUUUGCUGAGAGGGUUCUGUGUAGGUCACAGGGCACGCUGUCUGACCUCCUGAGGAACCCCAAGCCCUGGGGCAAGCUCAAGUCCGGCCGUGAGACCUUUAAGAGGAUGUCCCGCUGGCUGCAGGAGCCCGAGUUUCAAAGAAUGGCCUCGCUUCGGCUGGAGGCCUGCAAGAGGAAGGAGCAGGAGCAGAGCAAGCUAGAGCGCAACCAGGGCCCGAAGCGCACCAGGCUGGUGUUCACAGACCUGCAGCGGCGUACGCUCUUGGCUAUCUUCAGGGAGAACCACCGCCCGACCAAAGAGCUGCAGGUCACCAUCUCCCAGCAGCUGGGCCUGGAGCUCUCCACUGUCAGCAACUUCUUCAUGAACGCCCGCCGACGCAACGUCAACAAGUGGGCAGACGAGGGCCGUCCCUCCUCCACGGGUUCCUCAGGCUCCAGCGUUUCCUCCUCCGCAGUGUCCUGCAGCACGGCAUGA